AUGGCGUCAGGAUGCAACUACCUGUGUUAUUUUCCAGCAUUCAGGAUUGCUUUGAUACAGCUAGCUGUGACUGCAAAUAAAGUUGAGAACCUUACCAGAGCAUCUAAACUGAUCUCAGAAGCUGCCAAGAGUGGCGCCAAAAUUAUCUCAUUACCGGAAUGCUUUAAUAGCCCAUAUGGUACUAAAUAUUUCCCGGAGUAUGCAGAGAAAAUUCCGGGACAGUCUACAGAAAGUCUCUCUAAGGCUGCAAAGGAUAAUGAAGUCUUCCUUGUUGGUGGAUCCAUUCCAGAAGAAGACAAUGGUAAACUGUACAAUACGUGCACUGUGUACAAUCCAAAGGGAGAAAUGAUUGCAAAACAUAGAAAGAUUCAUUUGUUCGAUAUUGAUAUUCCCGGAAAAUUCAAAUUCAAGGAGUCUGAUGCUCUGUCACCAGGAAACACUCUGACUGUCUUUGAUACAGGUUUUUGUAAAGUUGGUAUUGCUAUUUGUUACGAUAUUCGGUUUGCAGAGAUAGCACAGUUAUAUUGCAAGCAAGGAUGUGGUCUUCUUCUUUACCCUGGAGCAUUUAACAUGACAACUGGCCCUGCACAUUGGGAAAUAUUGCAAAAAGCAAGGGCUUUAGACAACCAGUUAUAUGUGGCUGCCAUAUCACCAGCCAGAGAUGAGACUGCUUCGUACAUUGCAUGGGGACAUACUAGUGCUGUGAAUCCAUGGGGUGAAGUGAUAGCUAAGGCUAACCAUGAAGAAAAGAUAGUGUAUGCCGACAUAGAUCUAGCAUAUAUGAACGAAGUACGACAACAAAUACCGUUACAACAUCAACGAAGGCAUGAUUUAUAUCAAGUACUGUAAAGGGGGUAAUUAUUCACUGGGUUUUAAUUUAACUUAUUUCGCUGACUGGAAAAAUGCGCUAAAUUAAAACACAGUGAAUAUGUAAAACUUAGCAUAGAACACAUUAUCUAAAUGACGAAACCGUGAAUUUAAACCCGACUGAAUAUGCCUGAAAUGGUAAAUCAGUGAAAUUUAAACCCAGUAAAAGUUAGUCAUUUUACAGUAUCAGAUCUUAGCAACUAAUGAUUGUCACUGACCAAAUAUGGGCAUUCAUGUAAAAACAUUAUAGCUAAGUUGUCAGACAUUAGUUUGACAAAUGUUAGUCUUGCAUGGGAGCACAAACAUCCAUAUUCCGGGUUUAAAUAUUUUUGUCGCUAUUCUUUAAGGUAAUUAUCCCAUAACUUCCAUUAAAUAGAUUCUAGUCUAACUGUUUUAUAUACUCUUCAAAACUAAUGUUCAUAAAUCAACUUGACCUUCAUUGUUGGUGUCAUUUGAGGAUUUAGCAAUGAAAUUGCUUUCAUGCAUUUUAAUAUGCAGUAAUAAACACAUAUGAUGUAAUAAACGUCUAAGAAUAUUUUAUUAUAAAUCUUGUCUUGACUUGACGAUCAGCAAAAGGAUAUUGCUAUUGGAUUUCAGCUGAUUUGACAUGAAAGUUUAGUCUACAAUAAUCACUUGUUACAAAAUUGAAGGUUUUGAAUUGUUUUUUUUUGGUGCAGAGUCUAGGUUUGAAUCUUUUGUCAGCAGGACUAUAGAAUACUGUAAAACACUUUGAAAUAUCUACAAAUCAUUUUAGCGAAUUUGACUCAAUGCAUGAAUUAACUGAAUCUUAAUUUAGCAAAAGUGGCAAUAAUUUUACUGUGCAAAUAUAUUCUAUUCUAAUUAGUGACAUCUUAAUUUAGCGAAAUUACAGAUUAGCUAAAUUAGCUAAAAUAACAUGCUAGCUAAAAAGACAUGUUUUGCAGUAUAUGCUGUAUUUGCUCUAGUAGUAGUACAUAGUACAUAAAUGACAGAUGUAUUUUUGAUCAAAAUUUUAAUAUUUUUAAUGAUCCAGCAGACAUUAAUGCAGUUUUGAUUUUGACUUCUACUUGAGAUGUACUUUUAAUUGAGCAAUAUGGUACCAAUCAUUACAAUGUAAGGAGGAGGAAGAAAGUGUACAACAAAUCAUCUAUCAGUUAGGGAUGUAUUUUGACAAUCCAAUUAAUACUUUCGCGAUCAAUUUAAUAUAUAGAGAGCAUUUUGAAAUCAUAGUUAUAUUUUGCUAUGGUUCCAAGACGAUUUGAACAGCUAAGAUUUUAUAAUUUUCCUUUUUAGAUAUCAAUGUGUGAUAUUGGACUACUCUUGUAAGGGUGGACCAUAGGAAAUAGA